UCGUGUCCUUCGUCUCCGUCCAUUCCCGUCGUUCCUUUGCGUUUGACUCUCUCUCUCUCUCUCUCUGAUAUCUAUGAUCCCUCUCUGUCUCUAAGCUAAGCUACCUCUGUUCUCUUUUGUUUUGUUUCUUUCAUACCUUCUUCUUCUUCUUUACUCAAUCCCUUCUCUUCAAUUAAUACACCACCAACCUUUGAGAUUAAACUUAUACGUACACAACAACCUACGCUACGUACACUUUUAUCUCUACAUACCCUUUUCUAACCCACAUCACUUCAACUCUUUCACCAACGUUUUUUCUAUUCCUCUUCUGUUCUCUUCUCCAUGAGGAUCACUCUUUCUUCUUAGCCCUUUCUUUGUGUGUUCUUUCUUUCUCUUCCAUUAUUAUUCUGUUCUUUCUCAAAAACAACUAACCAGACAUGACUGGUACUAAUGAAGUCAACCUCAGUGAAUCUAGGAGUGUUGUUCCAUUGAAUACUUAUGUUCUUAUCUCAAAUUUCAAGCUUGCUUACAAUCUUCUAAGAAGAGCAGAUGGAACAUUCAACAGAGAUUUAGCAGAGUUUCUUGACAGAAAAGUCCCCGCAAACGCUAUUCCGGUCGAUGGAGUCUUUUCAUUCGAUCAUAUCGAACGAAACACCGGUCUAUUCAAUCGUGUUUAUCUACCAUCAUCUUCAGAAAAUGAAUCUCAAUGGGGUGUUAAAGAUUUAGAGAAACCAUUAAGUACAACAGAAAUUGUUCCUGUUAUAGUAUUCUUCCAUGGUGGAAGCUUCUCUCAUUCUUCAGCAAAUAGUGCUAUAUAUGAUACAUUUUGUAGAAGGUUAGUAAGUGUUUGUAAAGCUGCUGUUGUUUCGGUCAAUUACCGACGAUCACCGGAGUAUCGGUUUCCAUGUGCUUAUGAAGAUGGUUGGAAUGCACUCAAAUGGGUGAAGUCAAGAAAAUGGCUUCAAAGUGGGAAAGAAAAGAAAGUUUAUGUUUACAUGGCAGGUGAUAGUUCUGGUGGAAACAUUGUUCAUCAUGUAGCAGUGAAAGCUUGUGAGGAAAAAGCAGAAGGAAUUGAAGUGUUAGGGAACAUUCUUCUUCAUCCUUUGUUUGGUGGUGAAAAAAGAACAGAUUCUGAAAUGAGAUUAGAUGGAAAGUACUUUGUUAGAUUACAAGAUCGUGAUUGGUAUUGGAGGGCUUUUUUACCAGAAGGUGAAGAUAGAGACCACCCUGCUUGUAACCCGUUUGGUCCAAAAGGGGAAAAAAAUCUUAAAGGACUUGAUAAGUUUCCUAAAAGUCUUGUUUGUGUUGCUGGUUUGGAUCUUUUACAAGAUUGGCAAUUAGCUUAUGUGGAUGGUUUAAGGAAUUUUGGUCAAGAUGUUAAACUUCUUUACCUUAAGGAGGCUACUAUUGGUUUUUACUUCUUGCCUAAUAACGAUCAUUUCUAUUGCCUUAUGGAGGAAAUCAAGAACUUUGUUAAUCCUAACUGUUAAUACUAUUACUUAACCUUCACCCUUACUUAACAAAAGCUUGAAUUUUUCAUUUGUUUUGUUUUUGUUUUUGUUUUUAGUCUUUGUAUCUUUUCUUCCCCAAGUAAUGGUGUGUACUUAAAGAAUUAUGUAGCAUUACUAUUAUAACAUCUAUGAUGGUCAAUUUUAGAGAGGAGAUUGAAGAUUAGGUAUUGGUUGAUGGUUUGGUAUUUGAGGAUUGUAUUAUCCUCUUGUAGUAGUAAUUACUGAAUGUGACAUGGAGAAUAUCCCAACCUGAUAUUUAUGAAUGUAUAAUAUAUAUAGUUAUAUAGUUUUGUCUUGGAUA